AUGAGUGGAAACGGUCUGUCGAGCUAUCUGUCGGACUCGGUCGCGCUCAAUGAUAGUCUUCGAAGUAACAAGGCGGUCGUGUGUGCCAUCUCUGCAAGCUACAUCUCGACGUUCGUGGGGUAUCCUCUAGAUUCUAUCAAGUCCAGGCUUCAGACCAUACGGACUCACAUAUCGAUCCCUACGCUUGCACUUCAAGUGUACCGUGAAGAAGGCGUCAUCGGAUUCUAUCGCGGGCUAUGGAUACCUCUGAUCACCAUUUCCUUCGUUCGUGCUGCGUCUUUCACGAUAUACACUUCUACCAAAGAGUAUUUCCGUGAGCAUCAUUUACUGAACAGCAACAACAUCUUCAAUGUGGCGUCUGCGGGCGGCGUAGGGGGUGCAUUGUCUGGCUCCCUGAUAUCAUUCGGUAGUGCGCCAUUUGAGCUUGUGAAGGUUCGGCGUCAGCUGGAAUACUCUAUCGCUGCCAGCAAGGGAACCCGGAUUCUGAAGGCUCCAAGUACCGUAGAUGCCGUCCGCGAUAUUUUAAGGAACAACGGCGUGAGGGGCUUGUACCUAGGAUUCCGCCUUCAUUUCAUACGCGACACAACCGGUACGGCGCUGUAUUUCUUCGAGUACGAUGGCUUUCGCCACUUGAUGGGCCGCGACGCUCUCUCGGGCGAACAAGGACCAACACCAGCUUGGAUGCCGAUACCCUCUUCGUUAGUUCCCUUCAUGUGUGGCUCCCUCGCUGGUGUGACGUCGUGGGCUAUGAUCUACCCUCUUGAUGUUGUCAAGACAAAGGUUCAGCAACGCGCGUUGGCCGGUGAGCGUAAGAGGGGCGCAUUCGAGACAUUGUAUCGUCUAAUUCGGGGCCCGGACCCGACCGCCCCGAGACCUUUCCUCUUGGGAGUAGCGCGACUAUACCGUGGACUAGGGGUCAGUGCGUUGCGCAGUGUUACCACUCAUGGCUUGCUCUGGACGAUCUUUGAUCUCACGGCUGGGUAUAUUGACCGGCUCCCUGCGACAUCAGAAAGUACAGUAUAG